CCGGUGCCGGGACAGGCGGAGCCAGGGUGGCCGGUGCCGGGAGCGGUGGAGCCGGGGCGGUGAGAUGGCUUCCCCUAUGCUCCUGGUGCUGUGCAGUUUGAUCAGUUGGGUGUCACUUUACAUCUCCUUCUGUCAGAUCAACAGCCAAUGCCGUUAUGAGUGGAACUGUCGCCUGGUAACCCUCAUACAUGGAGUUCUCAUUGUUUGUUUCUCUGCAUAUGUUGGAUUUGUCGAUGGACCCUGGCCCUUCACUCAUCCUGGCUCUCCAAACACUGAGCUUCAGAUCCAGGUCUGUCUGCCUUCAGGGAGCUCGCACAGCGUUCACCUGCGCCCAUGGUGACAUCAUCACCUGCCUUCUUGCUGUGCCCACCACCCGGCAGUGCUGAGCUUCUCAAUGCGCAUUUCACGCUGGCCGUUAAUUGGCCAGCUAGCAUGAAAUUGUGGUCGGGGGCCAAUCGCAGUUGAGGGCCUGCCACUUCCCGAGCGCUCCCAGGCCCACCGGUCACGCGUGGCCGAUGAGGGAAAAAUUCAGGUGCUAGAGAUUUGGACACUCAGACUUUUGGAUGCCAGCUCCCUCAGCGUACAGGUUAAACGACACGAACUGAUGAAGCUGAAUGUUUUAUUGAACAAAUCUUCACUGACACAUGAUGCAUUAUAUUCUGUUUCUACUCAGUAAAGAGAGAAAAAUAUAAUUAUAUAUGCACAUUU